AUGAUCAAUGCAUCAUAUAUUUCAAAACGAUUUAAUUAUAGAUGCAUACACAAUAUCCAUAGAUGCUUGCUGAGUGAAUCUAACUUAAAAGAUGGAAAAACCUACAAAGUUGAAAGAACUUCAGAUGAAAAGACGUUUGAGGAAACUCUUGAGGAGGAACGUAAGGUGUUUGGUGAAUCGUUUGAAGCUGGAGCAAGGGUUGAAAACAUGAGGCACACUAAUGCUAGCAAAAUAAUUGAUAAGUAUUACAACGGGCUCUAUGAUAAUGCCAAGGGAACCACUAUUAAGAAAGAAAAAAUCGUCUUUAAUCACAGUCAAAAAGCUCAAAGAAAGCUUCCAAAUAAGGAUCACGAAUUUUUGAAAGAAAAUGUAGACAAUGAUUACGUGUAUCAACGGGCGGGAUAUUCUUCAAUCGGCACUGCGACCAUAAGUGAACAAACGAGAACUUUACUUGAAAAAAUAUUCGACGAGGAAGAUAGUGUUAGUGAAAGAAAACGGGAAGCGCUAAAUAUUGACCAGUACAAAGAAUUUAGUGCUAAAACUUCUGGAAAACCAGUUUCGCACUUGAAUGUCAAAUUUAGUGAGGAAGUGAUGCAAGAAAUUAGUAAUAAAAUUCGCUACCAAUCUACACUAGACCAGGUUCUGAAACCCCAUAUCGAUUACCUACGUGAAGUUGUGAAAAAUGACUAUGAUCUUUUAAAAUACCUGGAACGGCUGUUGGAAGUUUACAAGAGAAGGGACAAAGACCUGGAGUUAAGAUUGGAUACAGAAUCCUCAAACAUUUUCGAGGAUAUUAAAAAAUCAUGUAUGAAUAAACCGACUGAACUACCAAAACCUUUUAGUAUAACUUUACCGUACAUUAUAGUCAAGUCACUUACAUUAAGUGAUUUUGAGUUUCCAGCAGACAGAAAAUACACAUUGAUAUCAUAUGUCUAUAACGAAUGCAAAAAUAAUAUAGACGUGUCAUUAUAUUUAACAAUUUGUAAUGUCGAUUUCUACAAUUUGCUAAUUGGAUUAUUAUGGGAAAAUUUUCAGAAUAUUCGCUAUCUGAGACGUGUGGUUACUGAGAUGAGCGUCAAUGGUGUCAUCGGAAAUAUCGAAACUGUGGAUAUAUUAGAUAAGAUUACGAAAGAAAUGAGAAGCUUGAAUGACGAUGUCUUCCUUGAAACAGAAGGGCAACGUGAUGUCAAUGAGGGUGUUCUACCAGGGGACAAUAAAAUUGUUAAUGUGGGUGUCUUAUGGAAUAAAGACACCAAUAAUGAUUUACUUAUUGUUGAAAAUUAUCUAAAGAGUCUCAAAAAAAACCUGACUAGGGACAGGUAA